CCUAUCUGCUCUGGCUCUUCUCGAUCCCCUCCCGAGGCUGGCCGACCACUCAAUCUCGCCGAGAUUCGCUCCAGCCUUGUCCCGCUCGACGCUCCAUCGGCACCGUCGCCGUCGCCUUUGCCGUUGCCAUUGGCUUCGCCGUCACUGUCGCAAUCGCCUUCGCCGUCGCGCUUCCAGUCGCAGUUGCAAUCACACUCGCCGUCUCCAGUCACGCCUCUGGCCAAGUUGUCUGCUUGCGAUGUCAACGUCGCUGUCUCGCCCUCGCCGCUUGACAUCCUCGCCGUUGGCCAUCCGGCCUCGAGUGACUCGUCACCCACCAAUCUCAUCCUGUGCCGCCCACUUGACAACCAGCCUCUUCAACAGUACCGUCCACCGCCAUCGUCUUCGUCGUCGUAUUCGUCGACGUCGUUGUCGGUAGAGAUGACAACGGCGACGGCUACUGCGUUGAAUAGCGACUGUUUGGAGGGACAGCGGUUGGAACAACCUUCGCACCAACAGACAGGUCAACAAGUCGAGGACUACUCGCCUUCAGCUGUUCAUGUGGGGUCAACAAGUCGAGGACUACUCGCCUUCAGCUGUUCAUGUGGGGUAGGCUGCCUGUCAAUUUGUCGUUGUCUAUCACCUCAUUCACCAAACAUCAUGUGUUCAACUCUCGCACAUUUGCCUCUCGACAUGGGCUCGAACCCCGCCCUUUUUAUUGACUCUUUGUCGGCAUGGCCAACAUUUAGGCGGCUGCUUGUAGGUACUAAUAGGCCGUCCGUCCGUCCGUCCGUCCGUUUGCUGGGCUGA